AUGGCAAAUACCACGACCCAAGGACAGGAGAUCAUAAUCUGUGAUUUUUGUGACAAAGCUGUCCAACAAUUUUGUAACAGCUGCCAAGUAGAUCUGUGUGAAGACUGCAUCAACAAACAUGUCACGAGCCUCAAAUCCUUGACGCAUGACAUUGUUCCUUUUACAAAGCGUACAGUACAGCUUGUUUUCCCUCAGUGUACAUUUCAUUCCCACCAGAGAUGUGAAGGACACUGUCAACAGUGUGAUGUCCCCGUCUGCAUCAAAUGUCUCACUGGUCUACAUAGAGGCCAUGAGUCUGAGGAUAUGACAACCAUCAUUACCAGACUGAGAGAAAAAAUAAAAAAAGAAACAGAUGAAAUUGAGGCAAUUAUUCCCAAAAAUAGAGCAAAGGAUGCAGAAGCUGAAAACAGAAUUUCAAGAUCUAUGGCCCACUUUAUACAACUAGAGAAACAAGUUAAAACUCAAAGAAAACAAUGGCAUAUAGAGGUGGACAACAUCUUUAACAGUCUUGAAUCAGUGAUCCAGUCCCUUAGAGACCAUCAUAUUACAACUCUAAAAUCAUGCCAGUCCAAACUCAGAAGUCAGAAUUCCAGUAUGAUCUUAACUGUUCGAAAUAACAGAGAAAUCCUGAAGUCAAACAAAGUAUCUGAUGUCAACAACUAUAAAUCCAAACUAAUGGAAUUUAAGAACAUUCCACAAAUACCUGAUUUAUCAUUGCCUUCUCUUAAAACAAACACAGUCCAAGGGCGAGAAUAUAGUAUAGAAUUUGGAGAAUGCAAGGCUUCACUGAAUCAGACAACAGUAUUCAGUCUGACAGAUAAAGACUCCAAUAUGUUUGUUAAGGAAUUAUUAAAAGAAGUCAAAGUUAUUGCAAACAUUCCAACAAAUAUUGAAAACUUAUGUAGGGUGGCCUGUGUAGGAUCAGACAAAGCUUGGAUUAGUGGAGAGAAAAAAAUGAUAACAUGUGUUGACAUACAUGGAGCUGUGCAAAACACUGUCACCAGUACAUGUAAGACAUUUCCUGCUGACAUAACAGUGACCAGACAGGGAGAACUGAUAUAUAGCGAUGCCCACAACAGAACUGUGAACAUUGUCAGGGACAGGAAGAUAAAGACACUGAUCACUACACCAAAGGGCUGGCGUCCAAGAGAACUGUGUUGUACCAAGUCAGGAAAUAUCUUAGUUGGAAUGUGUACUGUUGAUAAGAAUUAUUAUAAAAUAACCUGUUAUCAGGGACAGAGAGUGACACAGGAAAUAGAUAAAGAUGAACAUGGUCAUCCAAUCUAUCAAGGAGGAGAGUAUUUAGUGUAUGUAGUGGAGAACAACAAUGGAGACAUAGUGGCCUCUGAUCUAAAUGCUGACAAGGUUGUAGUGGUGGACAGGACAGGAAAAGUUAGAUUCAGAUACAAUGAUAAACGUCCUGGGGGAAAGAAAUCAUUCUGUCCUAACCAAUUAGUGACAGACUCCAUGGGCCACAUCAUUGUGACUGAUCCACUCAACGACUGUCUACACAUCCUUGAUCAGAAUGGACAGUUCUUGAGAUGUGUGGAUAAUUGUGGACUACAUUUUCCUGUUGGAUUGAGUUUGGACAGUGAGGGGAGGUUGUGGAUAUGGUUAUACAAUUCAGGGGAACUAAAAAUCAUCAAAUACAUAUAA